UCCUUCAAGCCUGCCUCUUCUCUCAACUCAAUGGCUAAAGCUCUCAGUUUCACCUCAAGCACACUCAGAGCAACAAUCUGCUUCUUGCUCCUUGUCAUCACUCUCAAAUGUGCCUACUCAGCAAGAAUUCUUGAAGAAGUGGAUCCACAGCCCCAACAAUCCACUCCUGUUGCAACAACUGCCUUUCCCACCACCUUGCCUGGCGGCCAAUUUCCCGCCACUGCCCCUGCCAAUAUGGUGGAGGAUGAUAAAGACAAUGCUGAUCACCCACCGCUCCCCGAAGAAGCUGAAGCCCCCACUGAGGUUACGCCACCUGCCACGGUGGCAAAUCCUGGCAAAGAAACCCCACCUUUGUCCUUCUUCAUGCAUGAUAUAUUAGGCGGAUCCCACCCAUCAUCCAGAGUGGUAACCGGGAUCAUAGCCCAAACAGAAAUCAACGGCAUACCUUUCUCCAAGGCAAACAGCAAUAUUUUCCCAGUCAACGGUGGCACCCCACUUUUCAACCCAAACUACCUUGACGACAUUAUAAACCAAAACAAUGUUCCUUUCUUGACCGGCCUGAACGGAGCCCAACCCAACACUGUUUUACAAAACACCGGCAACAACAACGUUUUUAACAGUGAAAACGGCCAGCCUUUUGUUUCCGCCGGGCAGCUCCCACCGGGCUCCUCCCUCCAAAAGCUGAUGUUCGGUACAGUGACCGUUUUCGACGAUGAACUAACAGAAGGGCAGGAGCUGGGUUCAGGCGUAGUUGGCAGAGCACAAGGGUUUUAUUUAGCUAGCUCUUUGGAUGGCACCAGUCAAACCAUUGCACUGACGGUUUUGUUGCACAGCGGUGAACAUGAUCAUGAAUAUGAUGAUAGCAUUAGCUUCUUCGGGGUGCAUCGGACGGCGUCGCAUGAGUCACAGAUUGCCGUGGUUGGUGGGACGGGAAAGUAUGAGAAUGCUAAAGGGUAUGCUACGGUUGAAACUCUUCAUCAAGAAGAUCAGCAUACAACGGAUGGUGUUGAUACGAUUGUCAAGUUUAGUGUUUACCUUUUUCUGUGAUUAUGUCUGUGGCACUUUUAAUUUAUCAGACGUCUUUGUUGUGCUUGUAUCAGCCACGUUUGUGUUGUGAUUAAUGGAUUGAAGUUGGAUUGCUUUUUUUCACUCUAA